GUGUCUGUCUCCCACUGAGCACUCUCGCAAAGUUGAUUCGGGCGGUUUCCUGAUGGGGGCGGGGAGACCGGAGGCGCGGCGCCGGCGCGCGGUAAGGAGUGGACCGGGAAGCGCCACGGGUGAGGACUUGCAACCCUGGCGAGAAAGUUGUGAGAAAACUGUGAUCCGGAGACACCUUUUACGUACAAAAACAAACGACUAGGCGGGAAACCGGGGGCUCCAACGGCGGCUGGGGGUGAUGGUCGUGGCGUUGGGAAGAGGGAAGGAGGAGCGGGAUGCCAGGACGCCACGAAGAGGCUGCAGUAGAUGGGCGUGCAGUGUAUGGGCAGCGUGUGCCCGGAUUCCAGUCCUCCUCUGUCCAGGCUUCGGGUUGGCACCGGCUUCCCCAGACAACAGCAAACCACACCCUCCAUAGUUUACUCCUCAGGGAACCCGUAACUCCCUAAUCCCUCUCUGGCUAGGAACUCGGGACCGCCGCCCCCAGGGGCGCAUUUGCCCAGACGUGGCGGACAGAUCCUGGUCUACAGUGCCUUCGCCUGGAAGAGUUACUCUAGUUUUUCGGAGCACUCAAGUCAAACCCUAAAUUCCGUUUCGACCACACCUGUUCUGGGUGGGCUUAACCAGGAUUUCUCCUGAAGUGGAGUCUGAAGGUGGUUGGGCUGGGCGGUCCCAUUUUUGCCCCCAUUUUUGUGCUUUGGGGGAAGGAGUGCUAGGAAGGCUCAUUUGACCUGAGCAUGGAAGACAAUGAUGGUGGGCGUCCCUCUGGAGCUGGCUGGUAUUGUGGAAUUGGCCUUUGGACCCCACUCGCGAUGCGCAGACCAGGCGGAGGCUGAAACGGGGGAAAUGAUCGGGGAAGCGCAGUCCCAUUGAGCUUGGGCUGGCAGGGAAUCCCGCUGUACAGAUGGAAUACCCUCUUCGGACGAAAGGGGAAGCUGCUACAGCGAAUCUGGCUUGCCCUCCGGGGAACCGUGGGGUUUUAGGGCUCUGCCAACGCCCCUUUGCUGACUCCGCCCGCACCGCCCAGCAACCCCGAGGCCCACAGGCAGCCCCCGCCUUGCCGCUCGCGUCACUAUGUCAUGGAAACCGAAGCCGCGGAGACCCGCAGUGCGACUCGUUGGCGUUCUGCCCUUACCCCUGGGUGCCGGAACCCUAACGCAUUCUCCACACUUUCUUGCACAUACACAUGUGGGCUCCCGGCUGCCGGCGGGAGGAGCGCAGGGAACUAGUCAGCUCCUGCGCGCCGCCGGCCUCCGCCGGUCUCUCCCAGGCCCCGACGCAGGGCGGGGCAGAGGACGGAGAAGGCGGUUCUGUGACCUAGCGGGCGGGCUCCGCGGGCUCGACUCGGCUUCGCGCUCCUCCUGCGGACCCGGCACUUCCCGGCGGAAGCCGACCGGUACUCGGGACAUGGAGAGAAAACUGACCAGGCUUUCUAAAUUCGCCGUCUCCGAAGCCUGUCAGCUCAGCUCUGCAUUUAAGCCAGUGUCCGUUCAGCGAAGAGCACCAACCUUCCCUCCUCACCUUCCAGGCCACACUUAUUGUCUGCAUCCUCAACUACGCAAGCGCUUUCCUACCCAACGUCCUCCACAGACCCACAGCCACUUACACCGCCCAGGACCUGUACAUUCUGGACCAGGAUCCCUGGGGAUCAUUUUCGCUGAUAGCUCGGACAGCCCAAGGAGCAGAAAAGAAUGAUAAGGCCGUGAAAGGAGGCAUCUGGGGCGGAGCCGGCUCUAGGAGGUUACCUCAUGCCGAGUACACACCCAGCUACACCCGUUCCGGAGGAGGGAGGAAAGAGCACCCCUGGACUCUGCCGGUCCCAGAGGCCACGCAAACUCCGCCCAGACUCGGUGAGGCCGCAGUAAUGCCACGCAGGGAACUGCGUGGAUAAGGUCGCUCGGAUCUGAGCGCCAAGGUCUCCCGCCUUACCUUCCCCUCUAGUUCUCUCCAGACUCAAAUUGCCUUAAUCUCACCCAUCACUCUCUCAUGGAAAUGAUCUACUCGUGUGCAGUACUUUACAGCUUGUAUCACGGUCUCCCCUGAACCGUAUAGCAAGGGGGUGGUCGGGGGUGGAAGAGAAGGGUACUAUCUCCACUUCCCCUGCCAGGGAGCCCAAGUUAGGAGGCUUGCCCGAGAUCCCUAGGUCAGCGCACUAUUUAAGGUGAGAAGUUGGGUGGGGGGCUUGGCACCUUGCUCCAGUGUGCACUUUGCGCCCGGCCAUAUUUUCUAAGCAAGGGGGACUUGGGCUGGUUAAGGGGGAGCAGGGACCGCAGGACUGGGAAAGGGCAGCAUCCGGCAGGCCAGGGCGUCACGGUGUGCGCCUGGCCUGGAUAAACAACUCGGACUUCCCACGAGCGCUGGAGGGACCCUGGGCAUGGAGCAGGGGCGGGGGGGAGCGGGUGCAGGGGGCAGGUGGAACAGCGAGGUCAAGCGUGGAGAUCCCAGUUGCCAGUCAGCCCCGCGCCGCGGAGCAAAGACAUGGCGUGGAUAAUCUCGGGAGGGAGACGCUGAGCUGAAGAACAGAAAAGAGAGAUAGAGGCAGAAGUGAGGAGAGAGGGACAGGAAAAGAAAAUAAAGGCAGAAACCCAGAGAAAAGACGAGACGGAGUACGGAAAAGCAGGCGAGGAUAAAGGAAGGAAAGAUCUGUCGGGGAAAUGCGGGGAGGAGUGGAGGAAAAGAAACAGAAAAGAGACCCAGCCACGAAGAAGGCCGUGGGGAUGGGUGCGGAGCCGAGGGUCCUGCAGGCACGAAGCGGGUGUGCGGUUUUGGGACAGGCGAGUGCGAAGGAGGCAGCGUAUUUGGUGGGAGACUCUGCGCCCGUGGAAAAGCGGCUCUGGGCAGGAAUCCAACAAAUAAAUAAAACGUCUAAGACGGCGUGACAACAAUGUGUAUUUGGGUGCGUGCCCGUGUUCCUCUGUCUGAACACACUCACACCCAGUAAGGAAGACAAACGGGGCUCGUGCCUCACAGUAAUUAAUCCUCUCACUAAUUGACUCUCUCCUCUUACCUAAUGGCGGUGGUCACUGCCGAUAUCUGGAGAAAUAUCAAGUAGGGGGAGACAGAGAGAGAGAGAACCCCAAAGCUAAUGACCUUUGGGACUGGGAUUGAGUUUUUUUCUGGACUUGGCAGCUCUGAGCCCUGCCCCCACCUUCACUUUUGGGCAGAGUUCCAUAGAUGUUGCUGCCUUCCUUCCCCUUCCAGGUUUUGGGCAGCAUUAGUAAAGAUCUCCUCAGAUUAGGGUCACACACACUGAAGCUCUUCUACCGCUCUCCACCUGGGGAGAUUAGUUUCAGAGGCUGAAAGCCACCCCUGCCCCUGGGACAUUUCUUACC